AUGCCACCACAGUUCCCUGAACAUGCCACAUCAAGGUAAAAAUAAUAAUUUGGUCUGAGGUUGCAUUUUAAAGAGGUAGUUCCAAUGACUUGGACUUCUCUAGUGCCAUGUCUGUUCUUUUACCUCAUCUGGUAUACAUUUCGGGGUUGACAAGCAUGUCAUCUGUUGAUGAACUUUGAAGUGGUUGUUACUUUUCAAAACUGAAACCCUGACUACCAAAAUAAAUUUCUCAGGUCCAGGCUAGAGAAUGAUUGCCAAAGCAUCGUGAAUCACCAGGAUAGCCAAAAAAGGGAAAUUCUACUGUAAAUGCACUUUAACUUAAUUUUCUUUGUUGAGUAUGAAAUUCAUUUUGAUUGUUUUCUUUCUAAGGAAUUACUUGGAAUGGAUGAUUGACCUUCCAUGGAGCAAAGAAACCAAAGACAAGUUAGAUAUCCCACAGGCAAGGUGAGGAACCAAGUAGCUGUAGAUAUCAAUUUUCUGAAGUAUCAGUGUGAAUGUCCUCGCUAUUUUGGAGGCAAAGAAAGCAUUCCAGGGGGUACUGUAUGUUUCUUUUUCCAGUUUCUUUUCCUGAGAGGGAUCAAGUCACCCAUACCCAAAUAUACUGUACAUAUACAUAUUUAUCUUUAGGGAGCUACAGUAUAUUGAAGAAAUUUACCAAAUAAACUAAAUUUUGAUAGUAUGUAUAAGUAAUGAAUUAUUUUCAUUUAUUGCAAUUUUUUUUAGGCUUGAUCUUGAUCAAGAUCAUUAUGGUCUGGAAAAAUUAAAGAAGAGGGUAAUCGAGUAUCUUGCUGUUCGCAAAUUAAAAAACAGUUUAAAAGGUAAAAUUCAACAGUAAUAACUUUUAUUGUUUGCAGUAAGUAAAGUUUCAGUAAGUUGUAUUUUCUUUUAAGUCUUCACAUUGAAGGCAGUACAUGCUGUACGUCUAUUUUUGCUUUAUAGUUAACCAGUUAUGACACACAGUCAGACAGUUUAGUAAGAUUUCUACUGACAGAGCAAGCCAGCCAGUCUUUUAGUCUUUAUUUUAUUUUUAUUGGGUAAGUUUAUAGCAAACUUCUCAUUUAGUGGCACAUCUCCUUUUCCAUUACAGGACCAAUCCUGUGCUUUGUUGGCCCUCCUGGAGUUGGUAAAACAAGCGUUGGAAGGUCUAUUGCGAAUACACUUGGUCGGGAAUUUCAAAGGUUCUGGACAAAUUCCCAUAACUGUGUUUGUAAUCUCUCCUUCCUUGUUAGCUUGUUAGUAAGAAUUUUCUAUUAUUUUAUUUUUCUUUAAGGAUAUCACUUGGUGGAAUUUGCGACCAGUCGGACAUCAGAGGACACAGGUGGGUGAUAAUGUUUACUUACCAUGUUGAACGCAUCCUGUAUUAAUUUCAAACUACUCCUUGGAGUUAAAUCCUUUUUGUUCAUGGUUCACAAAAAUAUCAUAGUUUAUUAUCAAAACCUGGUAAUUCAGCCAUGACUCUAUCAAUAUUAUUAUCAACCGGAAGCAAUGAAAUGAAAAGACUUUUCACUGACCAUGGACAAGAGAUAGAUCAUUGGUCAUGUUUUUUUUUAAAUUUCUUUUUCAUCAUUAAUUUUUGUUGUUUGUAAAAUGCUUUUGCCACCAAUUGAAAGUCAUUGCUAUUUUACAAGUGUGGCUUAAAAUUUUGAACUCAGGACUACCUUGAACAAAUCCAGGUAGCAGUCAGGUCGGGACUUGAACAAUGGGCCUCCGGAUUACAAGUCUGGUGCUCUAACCACUCGGCCAUACUGGCUUCAGUCAAGAAGUGCAUCAGGAGUCUGAAUGGUAGUCUCCCUUGCAGCCAUUGUUAGUGUCAUCACGCAAUGCUCCUCCAAGUUUCUGUGGAGGAGCAUUGCGUGACGACACAUAAAAACGGCUGCGAGAGAGACUAUCUGAAUAUGGGUUCGUGGGUACCUGCUCAUUGUUGUGACCUUUUUAGCAUACUCUCUCUUCCCCUUCCUUCUUUUGGUUUCUGAUUUCUUUAAAUUGAGGUGAUUGUUGUUGGUGUCUUGUUAUAGGCGCACUUACAUAGGAUCCAUGCCAGGAAGAAUUUUGAAUGCAUUGAAAACAGUUGGCGUCAAGAACCCAGUUAUCUUGUUGGAUGAAGUGGACAAGAUGGUGAGAUGGCUUUGCAGUUUGUGGCAGAAUUAAGCCUAAAAAAGGGACCUUGCAUACAUGUAAUAUUGAACAAUCUAGAAAGUAACAAUAAAUGCUUUAAUUGUGCAAUUUAAUACUACAAAGUGUGACAUGUUGAGAAUGGUUUUGUUUUAUAUUUGUAGGGUAAAAGCCUUCAUGGCGACCCAGCUGCUGCUUUGUUGGAAGUCUUAGAUCCUGAGCAGAACUGGACAUUUGUAGACCAGUAUCCUAUCUUAUCUUUUACACUGUAUUUGUUUGCCUAAUACUUGCUAAACUUCAGAAUACCCAGCCACUUAUGGCAUCUUCUUGAAUAGCAAACGUGUCCCUUGUGUUAUGUUUCAUUCUUUAUAGUGUUCCAACAAGUGGCUGGAUAUUAUGAAGUUGCUCUGACUCCCUAAUACUUUUUCAAAAUGUCAGUUUUCUUAUUAAAAUUUAUUUUGGGUACAUCACUUUUUUUUAACCCAAAUUACUUUGAUUCCAUCCGAUUGAUUCUCGUCUCCUAUUUAACUGAUUAACCCAUCUUCUGACUGGUCUGUCCCAAUUUUAUUGUUAAUAAGAAGUCGAGGUUCUAUAAUAGUGUGAUUACAAACUUAUCAUGUUUUAUAAGCAGUUUCCUUAACUUACAUCUAGCUAUCUGAACAUUCCAUUUGAUCUUUCACAAGUGAGUACUUCAAACUUGUGUUCACUUUACGCUUCAGACUGAAUAGAUGUAGUUAUACACGUCCUAUUUUGUCUGCAGGUUCUGUUCAUAGCCACUGCCAAUACAGUCAGCACAAUUCCUCCUGCCCUGUUGGAUCGAAUGGAGGUAAGUAGUCCAGGGAAUACCAUUACUCGCAGAAAGUGAGAUAGUCUCAGUUCUGAGAAUUCCUUCCCUCGUACACGGAGAUCUAGAUGUUGUUUGAGGGGUUGUUAAGCAGUCUUGGGGCUCUUCCUCUUUCUAAAAGCGAGAGAGAUUUUUUGGGGGGUUACAAAGGCUGCCUAUACCCUUCUUACAGGGCGAGAGAGAUAAUGUUCAAAAUUGAUUUCAUUUCAUUUGAUGCUUUUUUUUUCAGUUAAUCAUGGUUCCAGGGUACACCCAGGAAGAAAAGAUCGCCAUUUCAAAACGACAUCUUCUACCCAAACAGUUGAAGGUUUGUCAUACACUCUCUGGAAAUUAUUUAACUUGCUUCUUUUUUACCGACUUACUGUUGAAGAGAGUCUAGCAUCGUAUUUGUAAAAUCAAAUAUGACAAAAAAUGUUGGCAAGAGGAUAUUUCGAAGAAGUUGAUGAUUGUUUAUAUUUUUCAGCUUCCCUUCGUAGUUUAUGAUAAUUAUAAAUUAUUUUGCAGUCGGCGAGAAAAGCUUUUCUGGUUUAUUUUGCAGGAACACGGACUCACUGAUCAAGACAUUGAGGUUCCCCACAGUUCACUCAAGGCGAUAAGUAUGUGUACCUUUAAUAAUGAACCAGAAAGUAAAUCCAGUAGCGUCUUUCUAAGAGGGAUACCUUUAGAAAAGUGUUCAUCUCACAAAGAGUCAAACAAAAUGUCUGAAGAACGAGAGGGAAUAACUCCCAGGUUUCCGUUUUAGGGGAGGAUGUAUGUCAGGGUCCGAAAUUAACUUUUUAAUAUGGGCGCCAACUGGUGAGCAAGUAUAAAUUUUUGGUCGCCAGGGGCAAAUUAUGGUCGCCAAAAAUUCCUCUUGGCGGCUUGGAAACGUUCAACUCGUAUUGAUCGUAGCUGUUGUCGAGGUAUAUUUACAGGAAGAUUCGUUUCACUUUUAAAUUAAAAAAAUAUCCGCAGGACGAAUAGUAAGACACCUGUUGGCAAAUAGCUUCGAGGUUUCAAUUCUUAAUCAUUUUCUCCGAACGUGAAAGUCUACAGUGACAACCAGCUUUACGAGGUCGCCAGCUGGCGACCAACUAUGAAAUUCUGGUCGCCAGAACUGAAUUUUUGGUCGCAUUGGCGACCAGGAAGGCGCAAUUUCGGACCCUGAAUUAUUAUGUGUUAUAAGGGUUUGCCGGUCGCCUUGCAUCACACCUUCCCCGGCAAAAAGCGCCAGCUGGGCAGGCUAAGGAUUCUGCAAUCUUUUGAGAGGCGCAGAAUGGUAUGCAGUUACGAAAUCACACUUACACAAGAACUAAAUGAAUGCUUUGCCCUGAAAACGCGGCAAUGUUGUUGUUAACUUCACCUCAGCGCCAUGUUUUCGUAGUGAAUUCGAUUCCUUUUUUAGGCACCUCUUAUAUGGAAAAACCUGCCCCUGGUAAAAGGGUAGCCCUCCCAGCCGAGUCAACUUUAGCAAGCCUUCAUACUGAUGAGAAAAAAAAGUCGACCCCUUUGCCUGAGCCAACAGCGCUCGUGCAUGCUCUGAUACGCGACAGGACAGUAGGAAAAAGAGGACGGCAAAACGUUUGUGCGUGACAAACGUGACAGGGCUAUUACUUGCGUGUUUCGUCAUGAUCUUCGCCUAACAUUAAAGUUUUCUGGUCUUUACGAAAAGAUCUGUAGGGUGAAGUUUGGCGGAAAGUUAUUUAGAGCUUGGAUAGAGUCCUUGAAAAUUAUGAUAAUUUAGGAAAAUUAGCCUUGACCGAGUUGAACCAAAGUGUUUCUAUGGAGAAAAGUUGGCCUGACUAGAAGGGCGACCCUACCAUCAGAAAAGCCGAGCCAACUUUUUCUUCCCUUUCAUGUAAACGGUUCGCCACCUUUUGCUCGGAAAUGAAUGACAAGUUGGCUCGCUCAGGGUUGCUCGAGUAGGCGGUUGACACUUCUACCGGGGACAACUUUCCUCCAUAUAAACGGGGCGUUAUUUUGAUUUUGGUUUUUAUACCCGAGAAUCCAUAAUCUCUCUUUAGCAUCAGAUUCCCCAUCAUUUGUUAAUCCGCAUUUUUUAUUUUGUUGGAAGAAAGAAAACUCUAUAAAUUAAGCAAAAAAAAACUAAAAAUGUUUUUUUUCCUUGCAGUUUCUAAUUACACUCGUGAGGCUGGGGUACGAUCACUUGAACGGAAGAUUGGUGGCGUGUGCAGAGCAGUCGCCGUGCGGGUAGGGACAUGUUUUUGGUUUUAACUUUAUAUGCCAUUACUUUACUUGCGUUGUUUCCAAAGGGAAAACAGGACUACCUCUUCAAAGUACAUAUACCCCUAUUGUUCCCGGGUAAAAUGUGUGUUACAUGUACAUUUCCAUCCCAACUGGAAUUUCUUUGUAAAUGGAAAGCUCCCUAGCUGUGGAAUACCGAAGCAGCCAUUAAUGAUUCAAAUCUCGUUAUUUUGUGCUGCCAGGGUGAAAAUAGCCACCAACUUGCCGUAUUCGUGUUUAUUUCUUCACUGAUUUCUUAAAUGUAGGUCGCUGAAGCCGCAAGGAGUGCAUCAGAGAAAACUAAAGACAGCGGUAAAGAGGAAUCUAAAGAACAAGAGGGUGCAAGCUCCAACACUACAGCUGUUACUGUUGCUGACAAAAGGGCGUUUUUGGUUACCGAAAAGUUUUUAACUGAUGUGCUAGGGGUGAGGUUCUCAUUUGCCGUUGUGUUAAUUUUGUUCCUUGCUGCUGGAAUCAUUCUUUUCUCACUCAAGUUUUUGUCGGCAUAUAUAUAAGCAGCUGGAUACUUUUGGCAACUGCGGAGCUGAAAGACUGCUGCUCAUUAGCUUCCUUUGGAAACAAAUUCAAACAAAUGGAAAUUUUUAAUCUGCAAUUUGCAAUGAAAAAUCUUUGGCAAAUAGUUAGUUACUCUUCAACUUUAAAUCUAUGAAAAAAAUUUUUUUUUUCUCUGGGGGUCACGUGUAGAUUAUCGAAAGAUAUUAAGUGCUUUCCUCGAUCAAUAGCUCUUCUUUGUGUUAUUGUUAUCUAAUGAUAUAAAUACUUUCCAGCCUCCUGCGUUUGAAUCUGAGGUGGCUCAAAGACUUUCUACCCCUGGGGUUGCUGUCGGUGAGUGUUGGGAUUUUUUUUAUCUUUUAUGCUCAUCGGUCUCUUACAUGUACUCGUAAAUUCUUGACGCCCUGAAAAUAUGCGUGUACCGCUCCUCGCGGCUCAGGGAUAAGUCUGUGAAGUAACUUGAAAGCAAUUCAUUUUAAGAAACGCAAGAUAAACGUAGGGCUUUCAUUUGAAUCAUCAAAUUUUCAAAAGACUUCAGAGACUCAAAAACUAGGGCUUCAUUUCACGAUGACGUCAAUUUCCUUCUGUAACCAGAAUUCUUUCUUUGUUUACUUUGGGUCUCAGAUUUAGCAAUCCCUGUUAGUUGUAAUCAAACGUCAUGAUCGUGGGUAUAAAAGAUCUCAAACGACAACUCUUAAUAGCACUGGUGACCUGUUUUACAUGUGACUUGAAUGCAUGCCUUGUUCAGCACCUGUGCCACCUACGAUGGCUGUCAAGGAACUAGACUUACAAACCAUUUAGAAACCUAGUACUGGUUCCCAAGUUUAUCCCUUACUACACAAUUCCAUCUGCUGUCAUUGUGGUUUUUAACCGUGUGUUCUCUUUUUUUGUUCGCAUGUUCUCCCAAGGUUUAGCGUGGACGGCCAUGGGCGGAGAAAUCAUGUUUGUUGAAGCCACGCGGAUGGGAGGGGAAGGAAAAUUGACCUUAACAGGACAGCUUGGUAUGUGUCUCAUAUAUAUUUAUUUAAAACAUUUCCUCAAAAUACUACUAGAGAACUAGACAAAGGAACUUGUCUCAAAGAUUUAAUGGCUCUGCUCUUAAAUUUGUCCACCUUUGUAGACCUCAUGAUCAGCGCAGUAAUGGUUACUAUAUUUACAAGAAGUAGUUUGCUGCUGAAAUCAGUAGAGUUUUUUGUAUGAGCACAAUGUUUGCCUUAAUCUUCAGGGGAUGUCAUGAAGGAGUCUGCACAGUUGGCGCUAAGCUGGCUUAGGAGUCGGUCCGUUGAGGUGUGUAUUUUUACCUUAUUUAGCAAUCAAAAUUUGCAGUUAUUCUCAGCUUAGUAUCGUGAUACUUUUAUACUGAAUUGCACCAAAAUCUGAUGAGGUGUUUCAAAUACCAUGCGACACGCUAAGCGCGAGAGAACGGUUUGACUUCCAAUUGGCUGAAGAAGUUACCGCCGUUUUUAAACCAACAGCAGUGCUUAGGAAUGCCCAACCAAAGCGAGUACGAACCUCUUCGUCUUUUAACACUUGUGUUAACAAUCCCAUUGGCGGAUCUAGGCCUGGGCCCCCUUCUAAUUCUUAGGCUAAACUAGAGUCCGCAGGGCUGAGAAAAAUUCAGUAUUUUAGAGGCUGGGGCCCCUUCUUUUCUUAUGCUCUGGAUGAGCAAACCCCCACGUGAACAUCUGAAUCCGUUCCUGAUUUUCCCUGAUGUUGCGAUGAUUUUGCCUGGCUAUAUUACUGUAAUGGACCGAAAGCAAUGGUGGAAAUGAAAACAAUGUAACAGUUACCACUUAUAGAUGUUUCCAGCAACAACAAUUUGUCAUCUGUCCCUAUCGAAUUUACAAAUACUAAAACCUGAUCCACUGCUUAUUUGUCUAUCCUUUUUACCGGUUAUAUAGUACUUCCUGACGUCAGAGGACGGUAUUGACCUUCUGGAACGUACAGAUGUUCAUAUCCACUUCCCAGCAGGCGCUGUGGGUAAAGACGGCCCUUCUGCUGGUGUUACCAUCGUAACUGUGCUUGUUUCACUAUUCAGGUAGUUAUCUCUCUCAGUUCUACAACCAUUUCAUUUUUUAAACAGAGCUAAGAAUACAAUGACUACCUUAUUACUGUGGCAAAUAAAGGCGAGUCCUUUUUUAAUGAGGGGUUUAUGACACCUACUUAUGAUACCUACUCUCCAAUACUAAUGACUAAGUGCUUUAAUACGUUUUCCCCGGGAGUCGAUUAGUGGGCUCCUUGUUUUGACCCAUUAGCAUUGUAAGAUAAUCAUUAUCCAAUCAAGCUACUGUAAUGUUACUCAUUAUCGUUUGACUCUGCGAGUUAAAUAUGGCAAUAAAAGUUUUUUUUUGUUCUCCUCAGUGGACGCUGCACCCGUUCUGACACAGCCAUGACAGGUGAAAUUACGUUAAGAGGCCUUGUUUUACCGGUAAGGCUUGUAAUUCGCUUUUGGUUACCGCUUUUUUACCGGAAUUGUUUUGAUACUUUUAUUUAUACGAAGCCUUCCCUAGAAAAAUCGGAGAGAAUAUUAUAGAUGGAGCUGUUAGGUUUGAGAUAUGCAUUGCCUCUGAAUUUUCUUUUAUAGGUCGGUGGAAUCAAAGAAAAAGUGUUAGCAGCUCAUAGAGCGGGUCUAAAAAGGGUGAUAUUGCCAAGGCGGAACGAAAAGGUGAGAAAGGGGCUUGGAUACUAAUGAUUCCGACACUGAGAAUACAGCCGUACGAUUUUUUGGCGGCUUUCCGCAAAGUUUUUCACUUUAAAUUUCAGUUUACUUACAUAUUGCAUGAUGGUCUUUAACUUUGGUUUGUUGCUUUUAAAUUUAGGAUCUUUCGGAGCUACCGGAUAACGUGAAGGUAAGAUACCAUGUAGUCUUGUUAGAAAUUUGAAUUGUGGUCUUAAUCAUAUUCAUUUUCGGUUUAUAACUGUGAAUGAGUCUCGAAUGACGACGUGUUCAUCAGCAAAUCUUUUCAACGGCAACAACCGAAAAGAAUCCUUUAUGUGAACGCUCCAAUGAAGAAAUACUACCUCUGUUUAAUCCUCUUAUAGCGAGGGGAGACUGCGUCGAGCUUCCCUCUUUUUCGUUGUUCGCUCUAUUUUUACCCCGCGCUCAACGCUGUGAACGACUGAAACAGGCUACUCAUGUGUGUAAAACAUUGUUGUCUUUAUUCAUCAGGACGAGAUGGACUUUAUCUUGGCUAACAGGGUGGAGGAUGUUUUACGUGCGGCUUUUGAUGACGAAUUUCCUGGAAUACCACAAGCUGUAAGCAGCAAACCACUGAGCAGCAAAUUGUAG